AUGCGCCUGGCGCUCGCCAUUUGCGACUUCUUGUCGACGUCGGCAUCUGACGGCACCAUUGCCGCCGACGAGCGCGAUUCGGUCGAGGUGGCCAUUACCUGCGUGGCCGAGUCGUUCAAGGUGGACCCGGCGGACAAGGCGGCCGUCAAGGAGGCGGUGGGCGGGCAGUCGCUGGAGAAGAUUUACGCGGUGUAUGAGAAGCUGCGCGGCGCAGGCGGUGCCGGCGGUGCCACCAGCACGGCGCCGUCGUCGUCGUCGUCAGCGCCGGCUGGUGCUGCCGCUGCCGCCCCCUCCACUCCCGUGGAACCCUCCGCUGCCACCAAAAAAGAAGCCGAAGGCCUCAAGAGCAAAGGCAACGCCGCCAUGGCCCAAAAGGACUACGCGUCCGCCAUUGCCCUCUACACCCAGGCGCUCGGCCUGCACCCCACCAACGCCAUCUACCUCUCCAACCGCGCCGCCGCCCACUCGGCCGCCAAGGACCACGCCAGCGCGCGCACCGACGCUGAGGCCGCCGUCGCCAUCGACCCCAACUACACCAAGGCCUGGUCCCGCCUGGGCCUCGCCAAGUUUGCCCUGGGCGACGCCCGCGGCGCCAUGGACGCCUACCAGCAGGGCAUUGCCUACGAGGGCAACGGCGGCAGCGAUGCCAUGAAGAAGGGCUACGAGACGGCCAAGCGGCGCGUGGACGAGCUGGCGGAGGAGGAGGAGCAGUCGUCCCGGGAUGCCGUGUCGGCCAGCGCGCCCGGCGCGGGUGGCGGCGCCGGUGCUGGCGGCGUGCCCAACCUGGGCGACCUGGCCAGCAUGCUUGGGGGCGGCGGUGCCGGCGGCGGCGCUGGUGGUGCCCCCGACUUUGCGUCCAUCAUGAACAACCCCAUGUUCGCGGCCGCGGCCCAGGACUUCAUGGACAACCCGGAGCGCAUGGCCAGCCUCUUGGGCAACCCGCGCGUGCGCGAGUUGGCGAGCCAGUUUGGCGGCGGCGGCGGCCUGCCCGACCUGUCCGCGCUCAUGUCCGACCCCAGCAUUGCCAACUUGGCGCGGGACUUCAUGCGCGGCAGCGGCGCUGGUGGUGCCGGUGCCGGUGCCGGUGCUGGUGCCGGUGCUGGCCGUGGGUCGGGCAACAAUGAGUAG